GGUCUCGGAGCGGAAGCUACAGUGUGUUGAUCAGUCUAUGGUAUUUCAUAGGGCAAGAAGACGGGCAUAGUGUAUGUUUGGAAAUAAUGAAUUUAAACCGCUAACAUGAACCGACUGGGAUUUAUUAAUGUUACGGGAUUUAUGUUCUAGUUUGUGUAAUCAUUUAAAACAACAAUGACUGUCUGUCAAAGUGGUGAGUAAGGGAGUAACGGAGGGAAAAUUAGGUGUAAAUCCGGUGUAUAGAACAGCCCGAAUUUUGUAAAUGGCGAACAUGGAGGACCGUGAAAGUAUUUACGGUUCCAAUUAUUCGCAAUCGUCUGUGCCAGUAACGCCUCCGGGAUUAGAGGCGAUAUAUACGGAAUGUCGACGACUUUAUCCUGACCAGCCGAAUCCAUUACAAGUGACAGCAUUAGUAAAAUACUGGUUGGGUGGUCCUGACCCCCUCGACUACAUCAGCAUGUAUGCUCACCCUGGGGACGAAAACAGAGGCAUCCCACCACACUGGCACUACAUCAGCUAUGGACUGUCCGAUCUCCACGGUGAUGGAAGAGUUCAUGAUCAUUCCUUCCGUCUGAAUGGUACAGAGGGACCAAGUGGAUUUGGGUUUGAGUUAACUUUCCGGUUAAAGAGAGAACCAGGGGAGACGAAUCCGCCGACAUGGCCCGCUACAUUGAUGCAGGCCUUAUCACGAUAUGUCUUUCAAACAGAAAAUGUUCUGUUCCGUGGGGACCACAUUCCCUGGCACAUGCCGCUGGACGGCAGCGAGUCACGGAUCCAACACAUGUUGAUGGCAGAGGACGCACAGCUGUUACCCAUCACAACGCCCUUAGGCUGUGUCAACUUCGUCCAGAUUAUUGGUGUGUGUGGGGAGGAAUUGUGUGCCGCUCAGCACUGGACCGGUCCAGGAGUGAUAGAACUCAUCCGCUCCAUACCAUGUGCUGGUGGGCCGUGGCUGAUCACAGACAUGAGGAGAGGAGAGACGAUAUUUGAAAUAGAGCCACACUUCCAGGAUCGUGUGGACACGGGUAUAGAAACCGAGGGCUCCAACUUAAGUGGUGUCAACAGUCGAUGUUCGUGGGAGGAGCCAGGCGACGGUGGAGACGACUUCUACAACGAAGACGAGAGGGAAAAUCGCAUGUUGGAGGAGCGACGCAAUAGUAACAACGAGGAACGUCCUCAGAUAUCCGACUUUGACUCUGAACAGAUCAAGGCAACAUUGAAGCGUGGUCUCAGCGGCUCCCGACCUGGGCACUUUGCACGCAGGGAAUUUGAAUAUGAUAAUGGUAAUCGGAUCCAGUCACGGAAGCAGUCGUUUGACAGUACAGCAAGUUCAGAUGGACCUACAGAACUUCUAAGAACACGCUGUUUAGAAUCUGUACAUUUGAAAUUUAAUUUAGAGGCAGGCUCUUUGCUGCCAUUAGCCCUGAAGGGGCGGCUCAAACAUGGACGCCAUUUUACAUUUAUGAGUGCAUUAAAUGAUACAGCAAUAACACUAGUGUCAACAAGUGUGAACGGAUCUAUAGCAGACGAGAACCACCCCUUCGCCGCCCAUGGGCCCUGGCUACAGGUACUGUUAACAGACGACUUUCUGGACGAGAUGAUCUGUGAUAUUGAGGAGUUGUGUAACCCUGACGAGAUGUUGUGCCCAAAGACAUUCAGCUGGCCUGAAAGGAGACUUUGUAUCACAGUGCUUUCGGAUGAGGUCUAACAGCCUGGUGUUAGAUGAUGGUGACGACUUGAACAUUUGCAUGCUAUUUGGUGUAAUGGUAUGAAGAGUCUAGACCUCGGUGGUGCAAUUACUACUCCGCUAGUUCCACACAGUGAUGAUGAGUGCUAUAUAACAGUGAGUGAACAUUGUCAGUCAGUCACAUAGCGCUACAUCUAUGGAGAAGUGUCCAGACCUGUGUGUCCCGUGCGAGGGGAUCAUCCUUUUAAGAAGGAUGGUUUCUCGGGGAUAUUCUCUAGUGGGAUCCCGUGGAAAGUUUGUACAUGUGAAUUGUUGGUGUAACAAGGAUUUUCUACUGCCCACAGGAUGUGGCCCCAGACCAGUGGAGUAUUCUGGAUGUGAGAAUAUUUAACAUACAAAUGUCAGCAUUCUGCCACACACAGAUUUUAUCUCCAAGGUGUGCUGGCUCUGUGUGUAACGAGGUUAUUAUGUCACUCGUUACAGGUCAACACUCGUUACAGGGUGUCGCCUCACUCGUUACCUUCGACCUGUGGUCAAGUUAUUAUCGUUCCAUGCUUGACCCUAGACUUUUCAAAUGUUUCUUGAGAGGACUAGCUUAAUAUUUUACACUCUGUUUAAAGGAACAUGACUCAGAGUUGAUGACAUGUCUUGGGAUGGAUGUUUACGUUAAUAUUAGCCAAUCAGAUGACAGUGAUUGAUGUUUACGUUAAUAUUAGCCAAUCAGACGACAGUGAAACCUUGUUAGCUGGAUUGCUCAUAUAUAAGAAACUUCCAAAUGCUAACGAGGACUGAAAGGUUAAAACGAUAUCCUGUCCCACCACCGUAUGGCCACGGUGUUAAAUUAUGUUAUAUUGUACACUAAUCGUGUAGUAAUAUCUCAUUCGGCCUCGGACCACGUACAACAAGGUUUAUUUGACCAGCUAGAAAUCACUUAUAGUAUAAGAAAUUCUUGUUGAGAUUAAUCUCUAAUAUUUAUUUGGUAUAUUGGCUCUGUAUUAACUCUUCUGAACAGAUAUCUAGCUGCUCCAAACAUGAUCAUAGAAUUUCAAUGCAUUUGUUUUGGGAUGCUCCAGUUUAUUAUAUUUUGGAUCUUGAUAUUUUUCCCAAAUUGAAUACUUGUAUUGAUGUAAAUUUUAAACCAGGCUGAAUAUUAAAUAGAAAACCUCAUGCAUAGACAACAAUUCAGGUUUAUAUCCCAUGUUUAUUACAUGUAUAUGCAUGUAUAUAACAUGCUGAUAUAUUCAUUUGUUAAUGAAAUCUGGAAUUUCCGUUGACUUUGGGGCAGCAUGCUGAUCUACACUUCGAAUUCUUGCGCCAUAGGUUGCUGACAUCACAAGGUUUUCUCUGUGCAAAACUAUUGUGUAAAGUUUAGACAAUUUAUGUAUAAAGUUUCAACAACGUCUAAGAGUGAGAGAAGCGUUUUGUUUACUCCAGACUAAGAUUUGGAGAAAUGUUUUGUUUACUCCAGACUAAGAUUUGGAGAAAUGUUUUGUUUACUCCAGACUAAGAUUUGGAGAA